AGAUUAAUCGGACUUGUGAAUGCAAACAGACAAACGUAGCAGAGUACCGAUCGAACCGGUCCAUUUUUAGCACUUGCCGCAAAUAUCUGCUAGUGCAAUUCUAAAGCAAACUUUCUUUAUCCAGUUUGAAUAUGUAUUAAGAAUAUAGAGUAUAUAGUGUUAUUUAAUGAGGCGCUGGAUAUUACAUAUAGGGAGUAACGUACCCGAAGUCUCUCUCCGCGAGGCCUGUGAUAUGAAUGAAACCUAACACAGUAACACAUCUCUGAACUAGCACCAUUUAGCCAGUUAACGUUAGCUGCUGCUGGCUGGCUAAAUUGCUAAGGCUAUAUCUACCACUCGUAAUAAACAUUUUAUAUAUAUAUAUAUAUAUAAACAAAUCUGGUCAUAGUUGCGCUGCGUGUUGUAUCGUCUAAUGAAGUUUAUUGGCAUUAUUUAGUCGAACAACACCGACCAUGUGCUGGACAAUACCGAGAACAUGGUGCUGGUUCUUUUCUUUUAGUGAAUAGCAUUUUUUCUUCUUAGAUGACUUUGUCUAUUGCUUUUUUGUUAUUUGAUGCUCUUGGAUUGUUACAAGGUCGGCCGCUCCUCUGAUAUCAAGAGAUCCAGAAGACUUAAUUUAUCAAUUUAUUUAUUCCUCGUAUUAUCCUUAUGGAUUUGAAUUUUUACUCGGAUCUCUCGGACGGGACUGGUCAACAUGUUGAUUCUGAGUUCAUGGAUAACUCGUCUUACAAUGGAUAUGAUUCGGCGAACAAGUUCGCAGGUGGCAAUGAUUCAUACCUGACCAUCAGUGGACCUGGUCAUCAUUGGUCAUCUGAGAAAACAUUCCAUACUCCCUGUCUGGGUGAUGAAGAGUUUGAAAUCCCACCAAUCUCCUUGGAUCCAGAUUCUGCGCUCACCAUAGAGGAUGUGGAGGCCCAUUUCGGAGAGCUGGCCGAACAGGCUGAGAGCUCAAGUACUUCUGGAGUUGGAAGUAGUCUUGCCAGUAAUCCUGUGGUAGGGGGGAAUGAUCCCUCUUUUGCCUCUGCUUUUAUGAACCCAUCAUCUCAGGGCAUAGAGCACCUGAGUAUAGGUGUGAUUAACCAGCCCGGGGGAAGUGCACUACUGAGCUCAACUCUGGGUGUGGAUCUUGGGCAUUCUGUUGGCUCCCAUUUCAGUAGUUCCUCCUCCAUGACUAUUGAUGUUCCAAUAAAUGACAUGAACCAUAGUCUCUUGGGACAUAACCAGCUCACCACCAUAGACCAUUCAGAUCUAAGCGCUCAGUUAGGGCUCAGCCUUGGUGGUGGAGCCAGUGUGUCAAAGUCUCCUGAACAACCGCUGUCAACCACAUCAUCCCCUGCUGGCUCGUUGCAGGAUGAAGACAUGGAGGACUUCAGACAAAAAACUAUGCUGGUAGACGACGACUCAACCUCUCCGGCCGUCAUAUCGCACAUCUCCAACUUGACGGGUUCCACCCAGCUUUCCUCUGCUCCUCCAGCUGUGGUGAGGAGGGUGGUCGGUAAACCGGCCAUGGUGCCUCUGACUAUAGUGGACACGGGAGCAACACUCGGAGGCAAAAAAGGAAAAAAGAAAAAAGAUCCCAAUGAACCACAGAAGCCAGUGUCAGCCUAUGCUCUGUUCUUCAGAGACACCCAGGCAGCCAUUAAAGGCCAGAACCCUAAUGCCACAUUCGGAGAGGUGUCAAAGAUAGUGGCAUCCAUGUGGGACAGUCUUGGAGAAGAGCAAAAACAGGUUUACAAGAGGAAAACCGAGGCAGCCAGGAAAGAGUAUCUGAAAGCAUUAGCAGCCUACAGAGCAAAUCAGCUCUCCAACUCAUCUACUGAGGUGGAGGAUAGCACUCCUUCCACUCCUCCCUCUGUCCCCUGUCCCGCACCUGUCACUGCUGUUCCUGCUGCCCCUGCUCGUCCACGGCUGACACCCAUCCCUGAGCAGAACACCAUCACCAACAUCUGCGCCUCCAAUAUCAUCCUCGAUGGGCCUCAAGUCACCACCCGUUCCCGCACGGGCUCUCUACCCCUGGCUUUCGGCCAGCCCCUGACCCCUUCCCCCAGCCCGACCCCCACUGUCACGAAAAUCAUCAUCUCCAAACAGAUGCUACAGGGAGGUUCUCAGAUCCACCAGAUCCCUACGUCCAUGGUGACGGUGAUUCCAGCCGGAUUACGAGCCGUGCAGCCGGCUGUUGCCGGACGACAGCCUCCACCGUUGCAGCAGAUGCAGGGCACCCCACCUCCACCACGUCUGCAGCAGAUGGUACAAACCCAAGCUCCGCCACCUCUUCAGGCCAAGCCCCGUGGAGGGCCAGGAAGUUCCUUGGCUGUCACGGCUACACCACCUCCACCUCUUCAGAUAAAGAUUGUGCCUGCUUCUUUACACUCCAAUCUGUCCACACCGAUUAUUGUUACUACAGCUACAAGUGCCAAUCCUGUUAUUGCCACGUCCACCAUCUCAGCCUCAGUGCAUCCCGCCCCUGUUGAGGUGCAAGUGGAAGAACCCAAAGAGGAGUUGGUCACUGGGACAGACAAGACAGUGAUUCGGGAGGAACCUGAAGAGAUGGAGAUGGAGGUUAGCAUUGCUCCUGAGGCCUCCUCUUCAAUUCCUGGAAAUCUGUGUGUCCGUGCUGGGUGUACAAACCCUGCUGUGGAUAGUCGAGACUGGGAUAAGGAGUAUUGUAGCAAUGAAUGUGUGGCCACACACUGCAGGGAUAUUUUCAUGGCCUGGUGUUCAAUCAAGAGCCAGAAUUCAGCCACCGUCAAAUAAAUGAAAAUCCUCCUGUUUCCGGGUCUUCACAUACCUGGAUGUGUCUUCUGUAAGAGAACACAACAGAAUUUUACUGGAUUUACAAGGGAAGGUUUAGUGUUUUGUUGUAAAUAGCUAAAGCAUGAAAAAAAGCAGUGGACAAAUUAGUUAUAAAUUGAAAAUUCUUUGUUACAACUGUUGGAGUUUUAAAUGAAUAUACUGCAAAACGCAACAUGUUUGUUUUCCACAUUGAAACAGAAAAGGACCCAUGUGAUUAUUGUACUUUAUUUGUACCUUAUUUCUUCCACUCCGUUUUGGUCCAGUGAUUUUUAUUUUUUUUAUUUACGUUACUAGUGAUUUGUGUUAAAGUGGGACAAAAUCUGAACUUUUUAUUUUCAAAUGCAGUAGUUUUGAUUAUGAUGAAAAAAUUGAGUAUUAGUGAAACACAACAAGUAGUGCAAUCAUUCUGAAUUUUUUUUUGUAAUGCAGUUUUCUCAUGUUGUACUGACAGUAUCUUAGAUCAGUGUUCAGAAGUGCUCUCAUGUCAAAUCUUUUUGCCUUAGUUAUGCUUUCUUUUUAGAUUGUUACAGAAAUUAUUCAAGUAUUAAUAAAAGGCAGCCCAAAUGGA